UCGUUAACAGAAGGGUGAUUUUUCUAUCAACAUGGGCUCAAAACUGCACUUAGAAAUCGUAGGUUUAAUCACCGACACUAAUUUCCACGUUGCCAAAUGUAUUUCCGAGGAACUAAAAAAGAAGUUCCCAGAAGAAUUUCUACAUCCGAAAAUUCAUCCACUUCUUGAAUUUGACUGGGACGCAUAUCUAUAUAACAAGAAAAGGGAGCUGCGUGGUGAAGUGUGGCAGUACUCCAGCAGCCUGAUGUGCUUUCUUAACGGACUUCUCCUGGGUAAUGAAAUGGAUCUUGCCAGCUGGGCCAAGAAGGAGUGGAAUUUCACUUUCACACAGCCACAAGCUUUCUACAUGGCACUUACUGAAGACUACUACACCAAACACCUUCAGAAAACUGGGCAUCAGUUUGUCUUCAUGGACAUCGAAAUAGCAGGGGAGGCAGUAGGGAGAUUAUUGUUUGAGCUGUUUUCUGAUGUGUGCCCAAAGACAUCAAAGAACUUUGAAGUUCUGUGCACAGGAGAGCAAGGCCUCUCGCAGAGUGGCCUCUCACUCUGCUACAAGGGCUCGUUGUUUCAUCGAGUUGUGCCCAACGGCUGGGUGCAAGGUGGAGAUAUCUCUCCAGGCAGUAAAGGUAAUGGUGGCGAGUCAAUCUAUGGAGGGACUUUUGAAGAUGAAAGCUUUGCUGUUUCCCACUCUAAGCGGGGCAUUUUAGGAAUGGCCAAUGAGGGUCCCCAUAGCAAUGGAUCCCAGUUCUACAUCACCUUGCAGCCAACACCUUGGAUGGACAAGACCUAUGUUGCCUUUGGUCAAGUGGUUGAGGGUGUUGGCGUCCUGAGGAAAUUAGAAGAGGCCCCCACUUGCAAUGAAAGACCCAAGUAUGAAUGUAAAGUGACAGCUUGUGGAGUAUUUAAACGGUAGCUCCUCAACAAUAUCCCCUUUAUAUGUUUAAUGUUUAUCAGCAGUUUUGAUGCAGUUAAUCUUAAUAAAUUCAUGAGAAUGUUGACA